AUGGAACACGAGCCGACUGAAACUACAGUUGCAAUGGGAACCUUGCCUGAUGCCCCGGCAGGUGCUCCUGCUAAACCGGCAGUGCGGUCUUUCAAGAAAAAAUAUGCCAAGAUGAAAGUCAAGUUUGAGCAAGCAAUUCGAGAAAAUGAGCACCUGAUUCGCGAGGAGCUGCGUAUCGAAGACCUGUCCAAGCGCAUCCAGCAACAAAAUGACCAAAUACUAGAGACCCUCCUGGAGUUAAACGACAGUCUGCAAAUUCCCCCGGCCAUACGAUACGAAUUGAGUAUGCCAGGCGACAUCUCUUUUGAUGACAUAGAGUCACCGGUCAUUCAGCCCUUAAUCGAUGAUACGGAACUCGCCUGGACGGCAUUGAAAGAAGCCAAAGAGGAACUGGCCCGUGGGGAUUUUGCGGCCUCCGCAUAUCGGAGGAUUGAGGAAAGCAUUAAGCGCAACAAAGACUUCGCGCCAAAGCUGCAAUAUAGCACCCUACACAAGAUCCCUCAUGGUGCUGCAAUCCAAGACGAGCAAAGAAUCGCCCACGAUGUGGAACGCAACCUCGGAUACUUCACUGCAGAGCGUGAGGAUGAGUACGAUCUAGCCACGGACGCCAAGCUUGGUGAUGAAGCGGCCGCAGCCCAGCUCGCCCGCAUCCCAGACCCACCGACACUCGCGGAGCGAGAAAAGGAUGCCUUUGCCCGCAACCCGGCAUCUGUCAGUAACUGGCUGCGCCGAAAUCAGCCGCAGACCUUGCAGGAUCAUGAGGCUGCCUCCGAGAAAUCUACAUCACGGCCCUCAAACCAGCGUGCGUCUAAGAGAGCACCGGCCCAGCGCAAGGACGAGGAGACAAUCGAUGAAGAUGGAAUGGAUGUGGAACCUACGCCUAAGAACAAGCGCAAGCGCGACGAUGAUACUGGAUAUAGACCUAAAGGUGGCAACAAUCGGUCGAAGAAGAAGAAGGAAGAGUCGACUCCAACUGCCAAUCGCAAUGCGAAGAAAGCCUGA